ACCGUUCUGGUGCCGCGCGGCACGUUCCGUCGCUGCGCAGGCCGGGCAGGGCCGGCGGACAUCUCGUUCCACCUCAGCGCGCCCCGCCGGGCGGUGCGGGGCGUUACCCGGCUGCCCCGCCGCAAAGAGCCCAUCCCGCAGCCCCGCCAUGCGGCGCCGGGCCCGGCGGCUGCUCCGCCCGGGUUGCCCGGGCAGCGGCGAGGAGGCCGCCGCCAUGAGCAAGAAGCGGCUGCAGCAGCUGGUGGAGUCGCUGAGCCGCUCGGCCAAGCACUUUAAUAGAGGUGAAGUGGAAUGCCUCAUCAGGCUCUUCGACAAGCUGGUGAGUGCGUCCCACAGCCGCUUCGCUGCGGUCGGCUUCGAUCGGAACAUGUUCCGCGACACCCUGCACCGCGCCUUUGGCAUGACGGAUGACGUGGUCAUGGACAGAGGUGAGGUCGGCGGGCUCGGCAGGGCCAUGGGCUUCGUUUGUAACGCUUGGGCAGUCCUGAACAACGAUCUCUACAACAGUUCCCUUGAAGACUUCCCAGUGUUCCGCACUUUCGAUAAAGACAAUGAUAAUUGCAUCAGUGUGGUGGAAUGGGUGGAAGGCUUGUCGGUUUUUCUUCGAGGGACACUGGAAGAAAGGAUUAAAUAUUGUUUUGAGGUUUAUGACCUGAAUGGUGAUGGAUAUAUUUCAAGAGAGGAAAUGUUUCAAAUGCUGAAAAACAGCCUUCUCAAACAACCGUCAGAAGAAGAUCCUGAUGAGGGAAUUAAGGACUUGGUAGACAUAGCACUGAAGAAAAUGGACUAUGACCAUGACGGCAAGCUUUCUUUUGCGGACUUUGAAGAAGCUGUCAAAACUGAAAAUCUUCUCUUAGAAGCCUUUGGACCAUGUUUGCCGGACAUAAAGGUAUCUCUGGUAGCUGUGGACCAAUAAUGAUGUCAGUACUGCCCACAUUUGUUUCAGCGAGGACAGAUUUGUUACCCUCUUCUCUCUUCCUCUUACGUUCCUGCAGGUGAGUUGGACGAGGCAUAAACCUGUCAGUUCCGUUAUCAGCUGGAACUGUUCUUUGCUGCAUUAAAGCUACUGGUGAAGCACA